GAUUGGUAUCUCCCACAUUCUGCCUUUGUUUUCACCGGCCUCUUUUAUGACUACGACGACGACGACGAUUCACUUAUGUGGGAUGGACCAGUGACAGUUGUAGAGAUCAAGGUGGCGAGCCCUGGUAAUGCAGUGGAUGUAGCUUGGUACCAGCCAUUUGAAUUGGCGCAGUGCUUUCUGGAGGGAUUACUUGUGACCAUGGUGCAGAUGGAUUUUGCAAGAGGAAUAAGCAUAAAGCAGCCAGAUACUGUGUCAGGUUGGUUUGCCAUUUUGGAAUCGCAAUUACACGGAGCUAACAUCAUCAGUCGGUAUGCAAAGUACUCACGUCUUGUUACAGCCCUGACCAGUGAGUUGGCAGACGAGGUAUCGGCCGUGCUGAUUCACCCCGACAAGCAUGACGGCAACCUCAAGAAAAUGGGAUUUGUUGGAUCGUGUGCUAAGAAAUUUGGCAUCGAUUUGACAGGAGUCAGAGUUCGUGAAGGUUUCGGGAUCAAUAAAGUUUGUCAAGGAACCGGUGAUAAACAAGGUUCAGGCGAUAUUUGGGAGGACAUGCCUGGGUUGGGUUUGGGGCUCGUCCCACCUCCACAGAGUGACGCCGAAGACAUGAUUGGGUCGGGUUCGGGGAAGGCCCAACAUCCACUGAGUAAUUCCAAAGAACUGCAUAGAGAGUGUUGCAGUGAUGACCCGUAA